GAGCGCCUACAGUUCCCGGCACGCUUUGGAACAGCAGCGGUUUGUUGUUUUCCUGCUCAGACGCGGCUAGUUCAAGUUGCCAUAGCACGGGGAAGCUGAGGGUUGGUCUUCCGUUAGCUAUCACUCACAAAGCAGCAAACAAGCGUCUCCUGUGUGAUGUAUUUGUAGCGGUAACAUGUAUUUCCUCUCUUUCCUUUGGACGCAUGCAGUAUUUUGUUGUCCUUACGGUAUUCUUAUAGGGCUAAAUUAGUUGGCUAACGUUUGGUUAGCUAGCUAGCUGCCACUUGUUGCUAAUCAGGAGGAGCAUCAUUUACAACAAUGCCCAGGACUGUUUGAUUGGGAAGGGAAGUAGUUUGAAUGCCUGUGCUCUGCUGGUCAGGCAGCUUUCUGUCCCCACGGUUUGUUAAGGUAACGAUGUCAAAGCUUCCAUAUCUUUUUACUAUGACAAAAAUAGCGAUUGUAAAUAAAGUCCAUUAUAUAUUAUACGUUAAUCUGAUUAACGUCGCAUUUGACAGCGUUUUCCGCCGAAGGUAACGUUAUUAUUUGUUAGCAAUCGUCAUAUUAGCCUAGUUAGACUUUUUACGUCGCCCCUUCCUCCCUAAACUAUGGACACAUCCAGCGAGUCAGAUUCAUACGACAGGACUCAAGGACACAGGCCUAGGGGGCGUGAAGCCCACCGCAGACCUGGCCGCGACAGGAGCAGGGCCAGUGGGGGUGGAGUUGAUGAUCGAGUAGAAGACAUCUCCGAGAAGAUCAAUACCUUAGCAAACACUUUACAGGACACCAGUAGAAACUUGACCAAAGUAGACCGGAUGCUGGGCCAGUACAAGGAGCAUACAGAUGAUCAGGCUGAAGCAAUGGCACUGCUCAGGGAUAACCUGGAGGAGUCAAUCUGUCAGCUACAGACGAGGGGACUUGGCAGAUCCAAUGGGGCUUCAGCCUCAGCCUCUACACUGCAUACCAGUGACCUAGAGGAUCGCUCAGGAUCAGAGGACCAGCGUUUCUACCCUACUUCUCCAAUGAGGGACUAUACAGGCAUUCCAGGGUGGAGGAGGAGGAGGAGGAGGUCUCAGUCUGUUGGUGUUCGUUUCAAGGAUGCCAGCCUGGCAGGAGAAGGUGUCAAGGAUGCCAGCCUGGCAGGAGAAGGUAUUCAUACUUUGCACCAAUCAUUGAGAGAUCUGCGCUGUGACCAGCAGAGACUGUCUGAUGACCUGGAUAGAGAAAUCCUCAGGAGGAAUAGGUUUGAUAUUGACACCAGGCAGGCAAUGGAGAGCCUCACAGAGCACAUGACAACUUCCCAGAGACAGGAAUUGGUGUCAUCUCAUGUGGAGCGGCGUCUGCAGGAGCUGGAGAGAGAGUUGCACACAGAGCCAAAGAUCAUAGAGAGAGAGAGAAGGCCUGAGCAGCGGGUGGCCAUGUCUGACGAGCUGCAGGAGACUUUAGGAGGAUGCCAAGUUCAAACCCAUGAAAGAGAGGCCACGAGUGGCAGGCUACUGAGAGCAGAGAGGGAGAAAUCCAAGAUGGGGCAGGAGCUGGAGAGAGCUAGAAGACUCCUGGAACAAUCAGAAGAUAGCAAAGCAUCCCUUAUUCAGCAGGUGGAGGACAUGCGUGGUGAGCUGCUCAGGAUGAAGAAGGAGAAGACAGAGCUUCAGAGGACCUGGUUGGAAACUUCUCAGUCCACUGCUCAGCCACAUGGCAACCACACUGACAGGGAGGAGCGAAGAGGUGGACUGCGAGGGUCAGAUCGUUUGGACCUGGAAAAAGAAGUGGCAGAGCUGAAGAGGGCUCUGGACCGCAAGGAGAAGGAGAGGAUCCAACUCAGCUUACAGGUAGAGGAAUUGUCAUCAAACCUGGUGCGACAGGAGCAACAGCAGCUACGAAUGCUUGAACAGUUGAGGGAGAUACAGAGCCGAGGGCAAGCGGAGAGGAGGGAGACAGAGGCAUUACUCCAGGAGAGCACGCGGAGCAGAGAUGAAUUGAAGACCAGGGCCCAGGAGGCAGUGCGCCAAUGGAGGGCAAAGUGUAGGAGACUGCAGAAGGAGCUGGAGGAGACAAGGGCCCAAGCUCAGUUCCAUACUGACAAGGUCUCGCAGGCAGCCAGGGAAAAGGAGAGCUCUCAGGCCCAGCUGAAGGUGCUGAGCCAGCAGGCUGAAGCAGCCCGCAGGGAGCUUUCUGAGAUCCUAGGCCGUUUGGCCCAGCGUGAAGAAGAACUCCACCGCAAGGAUGUGGAGCUGUCCGUGAACCGCCAGCGUCAGUUGUCACUGGAACACGAAAUUCGGGAGGUGAGGGAGGCCUCAGCUGCCCUGGAAGGUGAGGCUCAGCGUCAAACCACCAUCCAAGCAAGACUUAAAGAGGAGAACCAGAGGCUGGAGGAGCGAGCUGACACAGAAGCGCGUCGUAGUCAGAGAGACAAGGACACACAAGCUGAGCUCCAAGCCAAUUUAAAGCAGAUGACCUUAGCCUAUGCCCAACUAGCCCAGCGGUUAGCUGAGGAGGAGAGCUCCAAGAAGGAGCUUCAGAAAGGUGUCUCAGAACUGCAGGCUAAGCUGACAGUGGUGCAGGAGGAGCGGGCUACACUGGGGCAACAGCUGCAGCUUGAGAGAGAGGUGCAUCACAAGGAACUAGACAACAUGAAGGCCAUGAUGGAGGAUCGCAGGAUAAAGAAGGAACGUGAAGCACAGGACAUGCACAAGUCCUGCCGUCGGCAACAAGAUGAAAUACAAGCACUCCUGAAAGAGGUUAUGGCAGAUGCAGUGUCGGACAAGGAGCUGUGCGGGGUGCUGCACAUAAAGUUGGACAGAAUGAAGGAUGAGUGUGAUAAGCUGGCAGCGCAGCUGAGCACAAAAGAUGAGACGCAUGCACUUCUCCGCAGAAAAUACCAGCUUCUAAAAGAGGAACUGGAUGACAAAGUCAGGUCAAGUGAGCAGAGAUGUGCUUUGGAGUCAGAGUUGGAAGAGAAAGUGUUGCGGAUGGAAACGGAGCAAGAGGCAAUUCUUACCUCCAUGGGUAAGGAACUAGAUGCAGCCUGCUGCAGCCUGGCUAGGGAUGGUGAAGACAAACUACAGGAAGUCUUUUCCAAAGUACUGAAGGCUAUCUCACAGAAACCUGGAUUAGUGAGAGAUCCCCACCGCUGGCUAGCUGAGACGAAGACUAAGCUGCGGUGGCUGUGUGAAGAGGUGCGGGAGCGUGACACGAGAGAACAGCGCCUGAGGAAGCAGCAUCAGCAGACCAGGGCUCAGUUGAAGGCCCUUAGGCAGAGCCGCGACUCAGAACAGGCUGCUCUCCUGCAACGCUUGGACCAACAAGAGAAGCUGCUGCACUCCCUCAGCACUGAAAAGAAAGAGCUGCUGGAGAGGAGUCGCAAGAAGGACGACGAAAUGAGGAGCCUUCAGGACCGUGUUUUGGAUCUGGAGAUGAACACCAGGUUAGCCUUAGACCACUUGGAGUCCAUUCCAGAAAAACUAUGCCUGAUGGAGAACUUCAGAGAUUUGAAGGAGUCACAGCACCAGAGAGACAUGGUAGAGCAGCGCUACACCAAAUACAAAGAGAUUGUCUGGGACCUGCAGCACCAGCUGGAUGAGUCUAAACGCAGAAUCCAAGAGUACAGGGAUGAGAAGCUGGAUGCCACUUCCAGGAGCCUCAGACUGGCAGCUCUUUCUUCCACCAUCAAAGACCCCAGCACGUUCCUCAGCAGCUCCCUCAGAUCUGACACACUGUCAGUACCUCACAAAUACCUGAACAGUUCAGACAUGGAUGUCUCUGCAGUCAACGGGGCCAGACCUCUCACAGAUUAGCUCAACCUUAAUCAAACCUUUUACCUGUAUCUCUACAAACCUAUGAUGCUUGCAGGUGGUGCUACCUUGCUGGUGCUCACACAGAACAAAGAACAACUUGACUGUACUCAGAGGUCUUGCACUUAAACACUAAUCUUCCUGGACCCUCAACCAGGCAAUCCCUGAAGGUGCUUGAGAGCAGAAGAGUACAACUGGAGAGUUCACAGUAGAAAUAGUUUGGAGGAGAAAAGGCAGGUUUGUAUGGAAGCGCAUUGCAUUCACCCAAAAAAAAAGGAGGAUCUUAUCUUGUAAUUAUGAGAAUGCAGGAGUUGGAACGCUGUAGAACUUGAUGAAAAUCAGGUUAACGAAUUCUUUAGUAUCAGAGUAAUUCACUGAUAGUUGUCAGUAUACCCAGUAGUGCAUAGCAAAAGCGAACUGUUUCGCCUAAAAUGUAAACAAAUUUAAAGGGACCUCAAAGUGUAACUCAUUAUAGGCCUAUACAUGUACUGAGCAGGAGUUGGAAAGCUUUAGAAGCAGCUUGAGAAGCAUUGAGUAUUUAAGAUUUUUUCAGUAGACUAUUUACAUAAUGACAGCACAUCCAACAAUAAGAUAGGUAGCAAAAUUAACUGCUAAGUUGAUUCAGCGUACUUAGUAUUACCAAACGUAAAUAGGCCUAUAGCCUAGGCUAACAACAGCACCCACAUUCUAACACACUGGUUCCAUGCUAAUAUUACACAGCCUAUAGCCUUCUUCCUAUUUCUUGACCAAGUUUAUCUGUUUACACAAUGACUAUUAACGUGUAAUGCUUUGUCAUAAUUAGGAAAGCCAAAGAUCAGAUAAUUGUAAUAGGCUGUUUAAGAAGACACAGCAUCCUCAUAAUUGAGAUCUUUUCUCACAAUUAUGAAGAUAUUAAGUCACAAUUACCAGAUAACAUCCUCCAAUUUGUGAAUGAAAUGCAUUUCAGCAGGUUUGUACACUGUGGAGAAGAAUAUAUUCUAAGUGUUUAAAUGUUACUUAUGAGCCUGGAUUGAAUGUGCUUGAAGGUCAAGGUCGGCCAUUUUUUAUAUUAGUAUUUUCAACAAUCCCCCUACAGAGACAAAAGUUGACAGUGAAUUGCCUCUACUCAUGGUUCAUGUCUAUCAGUCGCCAACCUUAUUUGUCUGUACCGUAGACCUCGGUUGUUCAAAAACGUCAGUGAUCUGAUAUGUGACUGAUGUUUCUUCAUUGUUAAACACCAGACCCACAUACUGUAUGUUAAACAUGUUUCCCCCCAAAUCUUCAAACGACCAUAACUUUUUACAGGGUCUGAAGUGGUGAGGCAGCUGCACAUUGUUUAGGAGCUCCUUGUGUGCACAGUUGAGUCCCACUACCUCAGACACUAAAAAGCUAGUUUGGUGUCUCAUAAUAAAGAAACGUCACCUAGUGCAGCAGUGUGUUUCAUUGACAUGAAAAACUGGUCUAUGGCACAGACAAAUAAGCUGAAGGUUGGAGACUGAGACAUUAACCGUGAGAAGAGGCAAUUCACUGAUGGCUUUGUCUGCAUGGGUUUUGUUAAAUACUAUUACUGUAGAGAAUGACCAACCUUAUCCUGUAAAGCAAAAUGCUAUUACACUCCUUGCCAUUAUUCUAACUGCUCAGCUUGUUUUACAUAUUAUUUACCAUAUGACCAAGCUGUGCUUUUAUUAUGCCAUUGUGUAUAGUAAUUCUAUACUAGAAAAAACUGGUGCCUUAUGCAGUUUUUUUUUUUUAAACCAACAUACUGUGUGGUGUCUAUACCACAGAAAUGUCCGCAUUUUAACACCUCUUCCUGCAUUGACUGAAUUGCUUCAUGACUUUAUAUUGUUUCAUUUGUAAAAAGAAAUAAGCACAAAUGGAUGUCUCUAUGAAAUACAAAGGAAAUUUAUGCACUAUGAAUAAAUCCUCAAAUAAAUCAUGGUUUUAUACGCACACUUGG